AUGCGUGCGUCUCUCACCGGCGCCCCGUUGCUUUGCAGGUUGCCUACCGCCCUCACAUCCCACGCACGCACGCGUGAUAACGCAGACCACGUCCUCGUGACCCGAGAUACGAACGUGCCGUACCCCGGGUCUACAGCGGGCGCAUUGCCAGCAUCCAUCUGCAAUAGACCGGGUCUGCACGUGGGGCCAGGGGCCGGGCGAGCAAGGUGGUCUUCAAUGUCGAGAUGCUGCGCCUCGGUUAAGGGCGGGGCCACUGAGACGCUAGAGGCGGUGACCGGUUACACAAGACACCGUCCGGACGCUAAUAUUGCGACCGUUCGGGGUUUCACUGGUCACUGGGUGGGCGCAUUAUCGAGGACUUACUUGAUGGCGGGGGGGGGAUUCAAGUCGCAGGACUGCGUGUGUGAUACUGGAGCCGGACAGAACAUGCCCGACAAGUGGGACGAGACUUGGGCUGCUGGCCAGCGAGUGUGA